AUGGAAGAGGAAUUAAUUAAUACAAUUAAGACUCCAAUUUUCUCCCAUAUUACCUCUGAAGAUCUGGACCAUAUAUACGAGCCAUCAGAAGAUAGUUUCCUACUUAUUGAUGCUUUAGAAAAGGAUUUAGAUCUUAUUCGCAAAAGCAAACCAUUGUUAUGUUUGGAAGUUGGUUCAGGUUCAGGUGUCGUGAUAACAGCUUUGGGUACUGUUCUAGGGUCCCAGUGUCAUUAUAUAAGUACAGAUAUCAACCUCCAUGCCUGCCGUGUGACCAAAGAGACUGGAAGGCUAAAUGGUGUGGAUAUUAAAGCUGUUUGUACAGAUUUAGUGACUGAUGUGAUGGGUGAUGUAAAAGGGGCUGUUGAUGUAUUGCUUUUCAAUCCACCCUACGUUGUCACCCCAUCAGAAGAAGUUGGACGAGGGGACUUGGAAUACACUUGGGCAGGUGGCGAGUGUGGACGUGAGGUAAUGGAUAGACUAUUUCCAAGUGUAGAUAGUCUCUUAUCACCUCAUGGGAUAUUUUACUUGCUGGUAUUAAAGGAAAAUAAUCCUGCCGAUAUUGAGCAGAUAAUGGCCAAACUUGGAUUUACAUGUACCUGUGUUAUAGCCCGUAGAACUGGUCAGGAGAGCCUCUCUGUAUUAAGGUUUUCUCGGCAAAAAUGAGUAGAAACUUGUUAUUUAUUGGAAGUAUUCAAUUUAAAUAAAAAUGCAGAGAAAUUCUUUUUUGUUUAUUUCUUACAGCUUACCAGGAACAAAAAUGUUAAAUGACCCUUGUUGCAACAGACAGCAGUGCAUUUCAGACAAGCACUAGAAAUAAGCUAUAGUUACCGACUGCUACCUGGUGGAACCUGGGCAUUGGUUUACAUUUUACAAUGCGUAGAACAUAUGUACACUGAAUAAGUAAGUAGUAUUUGUGAAAAUUAUUUGUUAGGUUAUUAGUGAAAAUAAUAAUACUUUAUUUUGGUUGUGCAACACAUCUGAGCCAAUCAUUGGGUUGAUAUAGUUUUGUGUAAUGUGCUUGUCAAAUGUAAACAGAAAUGUAUAUCUACUGAUGGCAGAGUAAGGUUUAGUUGCUGAAUUCAUUAGGUUAGGUUACCAUAUGCACAACAAAAUAUCUCUACUGAAAAACCAACUUAAUAUUGUAUAAUUCAAACUAUAAUUAACCCUUAAAUGGUUCAAACAUAUAUAUACGUUCACCUCCGCAGCGCCCCGAAUAUUUUGAAAAAAAAAAAAAAAAUUAUAGAAAAAAAAGAGCAUGUGGCACCCAGGCAUCCCCAUUUUUUUUCAUACGGCACACUGAGUGUGCACACCCAUUCUCUCAUAUCUAGGUGACUCAGGCCUAUUGCACUAAUGUUGAAUGAAUGAAGAAUGAAACAUAUAUACGUUUGGACCGUUUAAGGGUUAAUGGCCAAAAUCUGCUUUGCAGCAGUCAUAUAUGUACUUGGUUUAUGUUGUUGAAAUCUAUAUGAAAAUUAGUAUUAAUAGUAGAUUUGCAGUUUGCAAGUUGAGAAUAUAAUAAAUAUUAUGGUAUAUAUAUAUGGCAAUAAAAACAGUGAAAUGAGUUUGUUUCUAAGAUUAAUAAAAUUAAAUAAAUUUUAAA